UAUCGAUCAAACGAGAAUAAGAGAACGCGCAUACAGCGAUUGUGACCAACGUUCGUUCGAAAUCUGAUAGGAUUCGUUCACCCGAAUUUAACAAGUAUUGAGGAGAAAUGUUAAAGUGUCUUCAUUUCUCACACAAAAAACUACACAGUGACCACAUAAUAUUUUUUCAGAUAUAGCUUUAGUGAGAUCUUUUGAUAACAUGAAGAAUUCGACAGAUUAAUAUGAUAUUCCAUUCGUUAUUCUUCGAGCCAAAUCUGGAUCAUCGAUGCUACCGACCCUUAUACGAUCUACUGAACGUCGAACCUUUAAUGAAAAAACCGAUCCCGUUGAGACAUUGCCCCGCAUGAUCGGUGAAUUAUCGAUUGAUGAAUGUGCGAAGCGAAACAUCGUCAGUAAAGUAAAUCAAGACUCUACAAUUGGAGAAAGAAUCACGGAACGCGAUUCUAAAUUGAGGACGGCCUCUCUGUACGAUGUCGAUAGAAUGUCAUUCGAGGAACUGCAAGCUUCUCUACGUAGAAUUACGGAAAAUCCGCGACAACCGUUUUCAUUUCUGACGAAUAUCUCCGAUGAAUUCGCGAGUGACAAACAUUUGUCGACGAACCCUACGGAAAUCGACAUGCAAUUGGCUGCUGUAGCACAGCGUAUCGAAUCGAGUAAAAUUUUAUUGGAGGAAGCCAAAUCUCACAUCGAAAACAUAUAUCUUCGCGCUAGGCAAAAUGAUGUUUGCCAAUUGUGGAAAAUACCCAACAUUUACGAUGAUAAAGCCAAAGAAGAGUCCGUUAACUGUUUUAAUCCUGCAAGUUCAUAAAGAUUAUACUUAAAUAAAAGAUUUUCAAAGGAUAAA